GUCUUAUUCUUUGGGUACUAAAAUAAUAAUAAAAGCUUGACUACAUACCAAGCUGUAUACUAGAUUCCAUUAUCCAUAAAGCAACUUUCCGCUUCACAAGCCAAAAGCCAAAACCAGCACCGCUCCGAAACCCAUCUAUCUGUUUCUUCAUUCUCACAGUCUCUCUCAGUUUGAAGGCGAUCAUGUCCUCGUCCUCUGUCAACCUCAAGGCGGUGCCUGGUCGAUUGACCUCUUCGUACAGCGAGGUCCAGGCCAGUCGUCUCGACGUUUCGCUUCCUCUCCCUUCUGUUCUCAAAAGCUCCUUCAGCGUCGUCGAUGGCCCUAAAAGCUCUGCUGCUGGAAACCCAGAAGAGAUAGCCAAGUUGUUUCCUAACCUAUUUGGACAGCCCUCAGCAGUGCUAAAUCCAGGUGGUUCUUCAGUACUUUCAAAGGAUACAAGUUUGAAGAUUGGAGUGGUUCUCUCUGGAGGACAGGCUCCUGGUGGACACAAUGUCAUUUCUGGGAUUUUUGAUUACUUACAGCACCGCACUAGUGGAAGUACAGUGUAUGGAUUUAAGGGUGGUCCGGCAGGUAUCAUGAAGGGUAAAUAUGUUGAAUUGUCUGCGGAAUUUGUGUAUCCUUACAGAAAUCAGGGUGGCUUUGACAUGAUUGCUAGCGGCAGAGACAAGAUCGAAACUCCCGAACAGUUUAAGCAAGCAGAAGAAACAGCAAAGACGCUUGAUUUGGAUGGGCUUGUGGUCAUUGGUGGGGAUGACUCAAAUACUAAUGCUUGCCUUCUAGCUGAACAUUUCAGGGGUAAAAAUAUCAAGACACGGGUAAUUGGAUGUCCAAAAACCAUUGAUGGUGAUCUGAAAAGCAAAGAAGUGCCUGUCAGUUUUGGAUUUGACACUGCAUGCAAGUUAUAUUCAGAAAUGAUUGGUAAUGUAAUGACAGAUGCCCGUUCAACUGGGAAAUACUACCAUUUUGUAAGGCUUAUGGGGCGUGCAGCUUCUCAUAUAACCUUGGAAUGUGCUCUGGAGACUCAUCCAAACGUUACAAUUAUUGGGGAAGAAGUUGCUGCCAAGAAGCAGACACUCAAGAGUGUAACAGACUAUAUAACAGAUAUAAUCUGCAAACGCUCAGAACUUGGAUUUAAUUAUGGUGUCAUACUUAUACCAGAGGGCCUGAUUGAUUUUAUUCCGGAGGUACAGCAACUAAUUGCAGAGCUUAAUGAAAUAUUAGCUCAUGAUGUUGUUGAUGAAGCAGGGGUGUGGAAAAAGAAACUCCAGACCCCAUCUCAUGAGCUUUUCGAGUUUUUGCCUCCAACAAUUCAGGAGCAACUACUGCUUGAAAGAGAUCCACAUGGGAAUGUGCAGGUUGCCAAAAUAGAGACAGAAAAGAUGCUCCUUCAGAUGGUAGAAACUGAACUGGACAAGCGGAAGCAGGAGGGUAAAUAUAAGCGGGACUUCUUAGGAAAGACCCACUUCUUCGGUUAUGAGGGUAGAUGUGGUUUGCCUACGAACUUUGAUGCAAACUACUGCUAUGCAUUGGGUUUUGGUGCUGGAGCCCUCCUUCAUUCUGGAAAGACUGGGUUGAUUUCCUCUGUGGGAAAUUUGGCUGCUCCAGUGGAGCAAUGGACAGUUGGGGGAACAGCACUGACUUCUUUAAUGGAUGUGGAACGGAGACAUGGGAAGUUCAAGCCUGUGAUUAAGAAAGCAAUGGUGGAACUUGAAGGCGCUCCAUUCAAAAAAUUUGCAUCUUUUCGUGACGAGUGGGCGCUUAAGAAUCGUUAUGUUAAUCCAGGUCCGAUUCAAUUUCUUGGUCCAGCAGCGAAUGCUAUCAACAACACUCUUCUGCUGGAACUCGGAGCACAAGCAUAGGAACAAGGAAAAUCAAUGUCAUAUUUCAGUUUUAUCAAACCACAAUAACAACUUCAGCCAACAUGUAUCAACUGGAACUCGGAUCCAUUUGACUUGUAGUUGCUUAAUAGGUUUCUUUUCUUUUUCCUUAUUUUAUCUGUAGCCUUAACUCUCUUUGUUGCCUUACUGUACCUGGCUUAUAAAAGAACAGAUAGUUCACUUUCCUGUCCUCGUUAAUGAGGAGUAAUAAAGUUGACUGUAAAUAUUGUUCAGAUUAAAUCGAGCAACAUUUUCAAGCUUGGGCACAAA